AUGACUGGAUCGAAGCAGCAGCGCUACGCGCACACGGCACACAAACACACAAGUCACAGAAGAUCCCCGGGGCCGCCGCCGCCGCCGCGGGAGGCCGCCCCGACGCCAGCUCAGCGCCUCGCCGACUGCGUCCUCGUGUUCGUCGUCUUCGGCUUCCUCGGCUUCGCGUGGAUGAGCAGCGCCGCCCACUCCGCCUUCAUCGCCGCUGAGUGGGGCUACGGCGCGGGCUCCAUCGAAGCGGCCUCCGCCAAGGAGACCGCCCUCGCCGCCUCGCUGCUCCUCGGGGUUUUCCUCCACGCCGUGGCGCUCAUCAUCCUCGGCAUGUGCUGGCGCUACGAGAGCCGCUGGUCGGAGACUCGAGAGGUUGGUGGGGGUGGAGGCACGGCGGCGCAGCCGGGGCGCGUCCACGAGUAUCCAGUUCCUGACACCGUUAUCGUGUCCCUCGUCGUGGUGUUCGUGAUCAUAGCCUUGGGCGUGCUGACGCAGGUGGUUCCGUGGGCAAAGGGAGCCGAAAAGGCUGGCUACCUGCUUCUGGAAACCGUGUUCUUCCUCGUGUUUGUUGUCUAUUGCUUUUUUCUGGGAUUCUCAGCUCUGUUGGGACAGGAUUUGGCUUGGGCACCGAGGGCGUCCCCUGAGCAUCAACAGAUGGCUCUCAGCACUGAAGUGCCGUUGCUUGUUGGCUUGGAGGUCCAUGGAGAUGUUCGCUGCGAUCCGCUGUCUGCAGUAACCAUCCAUGAUGUGGAGGAGCAGUCACAUAAAGAAUAA